AUGAUUAAGCACUACUGUAAAUUCGAAGAGAACGUAUUGAUAAAGAAUAAACGUAAAAUAGAAACUAAAAGCAAGUCAGAGGCUAUUUGUAGAAAGGAGAUAGAGGCUAUUAUAGGUUUACUUAAAUUAAAAAAUAGUGGAAUGGAAUUCAAAGAAUACAAAUUAAAAAAGUCUUCUUUACAAACCCAGGUAUUAGAAAGUGUUUAUAAAAUUACUAGUUUUCCUAAUAAAAAGAUGAAAGAAGACCUUGAAUUGGUAUUAAAAAUGCCUUCUAAAGCUAUUCAAAUUUGGUUUCAAAAUGCCAGAUCUGCUGAUAAAAGACAGAACAAAGGAAUUUUAUUUACACCUGAAAAUGUUAGCAUAGUUGAUGGAUUGCUAGAUAUUUAUAAAAGAUUUAAAAAAAUAAACUGA